AUGUUUACUUACUCCGACUGCAAAUUUACUUUCAAUCCGAGAGAAAAUGCCUUGUCUAAACAGUCACCUUUUCAAAGUUUCACCCUCUCUCUCUUUCUGCCCUAUGUUCUUCUCACUCUUUCUCUCUCUUUAUUCCUAUUAUCUUUAUCUUCACACACUCUUUCCCUCAUUUUUUCUCCCUCUUUCUCUUUAUCUCCCCUCUCUCGCACUCUUCCUUUUUAUCUAUCUCUUCCUCUUUUUCUAUUUCUCUUUUUCCUCUACGUCCUCCUCUACCCUUCUUUACUUCCCUCUAUUCCACUUCCUCUCUUCAUCUCUGUCUGCACCCAUUUCCACUCUUCGUCUCUGUCUCUCCCCACUUCCUCUCUUCGUCUCUGUCUCUCCCCACUUUCUCUCUUCGUCUCUGUCUCUCCCCAUUUUCUCUCUUCGUCUCUGUCUCUCCCCAUUUUCUCUCUUCGUCUCUGUCUACCCCCACUUCCUCUCUUCGUCUCUGUCUCUCCCCAUUUUCUCUCUUCGUCUCUGUCUACCCCCACUUUCUCUCUUCGUCUCUGUCUACCCCCAUUUUCUCUCUUCGUCUCUGUCUGCCCCCACUUUCUCUCCUCGUCUCUGUCUACCCCAACUUUCUCUCUUCGUCUCUGUCUACCCCCAUUUUCUCUCUUCGUCUCUGUCUGCCCCCACUUUCUCUCUUCGUCUCUGUCUACCCCCACUUUCUCUCUUCGUCUCUGUCUACACCCACUUUCUUUCUUCGUCUCUGUCUAUCCCCACUUUCUCUCUUCGUCUCUGUCUAUCCCCACUUUCUCUCUUCGUCUCUGUCUACCCCCACUUUCUCUCUUCGUCUCUGUCUACCCCCACUUUCUCUCUUCGUCUCUGUCUACCCCCAUUUUCUCUCUUCGUCUCUGUCUGCCCCCACUUUCUCUCUUCGUCUCUGUCUACCCCCACUUUCUCUCUUCGUCUCUGUCUACCCCCACUUUCUCUCUUCGUCUCUGUCUACCCCCACUUUCUCUCUUCGUCUCUGUCUACCCCCAUUUUCUCUCUUCGUCUCUGUCUGCUGUCUUCGUCUCCCACCCACUUUCUCUCUUCGUCUCUGUCUACACCCACUUUCUCUCUCGUCUCUGUCUACCCCCACUUUCUCUCUUCGUCUCUGUCUAUCCCCACUUUCUCUCUUCGUCUCUGUCUACCCCCACUUUCUCUCUUCGUCUCCCUCUACCCCAAUUUCUUUCUUCGUCUCCCUCUAUGACAUUUUCUCUCUUCGUUUCCCCCUCUCUCUUCCUCCCUCUCUUCUAUUCCCUCUCUCUCCUCUUUCUCCCUUACACUAGCUUGUCUUUCUCCCUCUAUCUUUCUUCUCUCUCUCUCUCUCCCUUUUAUUGCCUUCUCCAAUCUAUCACAGCCUGCUCGUAUCUUAUUUAUCUAUUCCUAUAUAUCUCACGAGCCAGCGAGGUGUCUUUGUUUAAGUGCAGAUAUUUAUAUCGCUCUUUCCUGUUGCUGUUUGCAUGCAUUUUUUCUUAUCCAUGUCUCAAUCGGGUCGUAUUGUUCUUUGUAUCGUCAAAUGUGUAUUCAACUUUGUAUCUAUCUGCCUGCCUGCUCCUUAGUUUGUUCAUAUCUAUCUAUCCAUUUUGUUCAUCCCACUCAAUUUCUAUCUAUGUAUUUGCCUGCUUGCCUACCUGCUUCUGGAUUUGUUCAUUAUCUAUCUUGUUGACCUCUCUCAAUUUCUAUCUAUCUAUCUAUCUUGUUGACCUCUCUCAAUUUCUAUCUAUCUAUCUAUCUAUCUAUCUUGUUGACCUCUCUUAA